UCAGCAUAUAUUCAGAGCAAGUUUAGUAAUGGAGCACCUAACCUGGUAUUUGCUGGUCUAUCAAAGUACUCAGCAAUGCCGUCCCUACGACUGCAACGACAGUGAUAUCUUCAGAAGGCAAAGCUGAAAUGCCUUUGGAAGAAAUAAAAAAAUAUAUAAGCAUAUCUUUGAAAUUGUUAAGUCUUGGAUUAAUCAUAGCUGCUGGAGGAUUUUGGGCUGGCGCAGGAGUGGAUAGCAGGCCUAAAUACAGAGAUGAGCAGACCCUGGUAGCAGGAACUAUUUGGAGCCAGAUUUUGAUCCCUAUAGGCCUACUAAUAUCCACGAUAGUGAAUGAAGAGCUUGAACAUUUCAUACAUGGAUAUUUCCUAGUUACUGGUUUGAUUCUAAAGUUUUCUACGGGUAUAGUUUUGAUAACAUAUGAAUGCCUGUCUAUAGUCAGGCAAAGGCGGUCAAUCAGGCAAGUAUCCGACACGAAUCCAAGGCGAAAGAGAGUCGUCAGGUUCGAACUGGUGUAUGAUAAGAUUUACUUAUGUAUAGGAAUUUUGUCCCUUUUGGCUGGUGUUUUUACUUUAACCGAUUUUGUUAUACUUUUGAUUUAA